AUGGAUCCAUUUAGUCAACCCGGUAGCUUUCAAAACCUCUUAAACAGUCAACACCCAAACAUCUCCUUCUCCUUUGUGACUCGUGAACCUAGUUUAGAACUGUCUUCCUCGGAUACCUCUGUCUUCGGAACACAGUGGGCUGAUGAUGGAAAAGAAGAUGAAGUCGUGGUGUCUGACCGUAAAGAAAGGAGGAAGUGGACACCAACUGAAGAUAUCGUUCUCAUAGGAGCUUGGUUGAACACAUCCAAAGACCCUGUCAUGGGUAAUGAGCAGAAGACAAUUGCGUUUUGGAAACGGAUUGCCUCCUAUGUUGCAUCAAGCCCAAAGCUCUCUGCUUUGCAAAAGAGAGAUCCUAGCCACUGUAAACAAAGGUGGGGGAAGAUCAUCGAGGGUGUUUGUAAGUUUGUUGGGUGCUAUGAAGCUGCAACUAAAGCCAAAUCGAGUGGGAUGAAUGGGGAUGAUGUCUUGAAGAUGGCUCAUGAGAUCUUCUUUACUGACUACAAGGCCAAAUUUACACUCGAGCAUGCCUGGUUGGAGCUACGCCACGAUAAAAAAUGGUGUGGAGUUACUAAAGAGAAGGUAAGCUCCAAAAGAAGAAAAUUGGAUGAUGGAUCCGCACAGUCAUCGACCUCGGUGCCAGGUUGCGAUGGAGAGGGGGAAGCCAUGGCUCGGCCUGCUGGUGUCAAAGCAUCAAAGGCCAAAGCUAAAACCAAGGCAACGACUUCGGAAGAGGCAAUGGAGUUUCAGAGUCUGUGGGAAAUAAAACAAAAGGAUUUUGAGUUCAAGGACAAGCUUAACAAGAAAAAAUUGCUUGAUGGCCUCAUUGCCAAGACAGAGCCUCUUUCUGAUCUAGAAAUCGCUUUGAAAAACAAAUCAAUAUCUGAAAUGUUGCUAAGUUAUAAUGGGAAGUUCGUUUGGUUUCUCUUUUCUGCUUAA